AUGGAGAUGAAUUACAAUGAUGCAGAAUUGCAUCGCAUAGAGGAAGAACUCCACAUGGAGAUCUUGCCUGGUACUGAGAUCAUGACAGAUGUAGGAACUCACCACUUCGUUAAAGGCCAUAACGGUGUCCUCGUUCCCCAACCCUCAGACGACCCCCACGACCCUUUGAAUUGGUCCAUGAAGUGGAAGUUUCUCGCAAUCACAGCCAGCAGUCUCGUGUCUUUCAGUCAAGGCUUCGGUCCUCUGGCGCUCGCACCUGCCUUCGGAUACUAUGUCGAAGAAUUCAACUGCUCGCUUGCAGACGCAAUCCAGUUCACUGGAGUCAGUAUUCUCAUCCUUGGAUUCAGUAACUUUAUCUGGGUACCACUCAGCUCGUCCUUCGGCCGUCGUGUCGUGUACAUUGCUAGUCAGUUGAUCUGUCUGGCUAGUAUGAUCUGGAGAGCUAGAGCACAAACUUAUGGCUCAUUCAUGGGUGCUUGUGUGCUCAAUGGUCUUGGUGCUGGUCCGGCUGAGUCGAUUCAACCUGCUGUCAUUGCAGAUGUAUUCUUCCUCCACAACCGUGGUUUCCAGAAUACCGUAUACUGGACUGCGUACAUGGGUAGUUUGAUGGUCGGACCCAUCAUCUCAGGAGCCAUGUCAGAUCGCCUCGGAUGGAGGUCAUUCUGGUGGCUCAACGUCGGUCUGGUUGCCGCAUCGCUCCUCAUGGUCAUCUUCGCUUUCCCUGAGACCAAAUAUCACCGUCCUCACCCCGAUGAGAUGCCUGGACCGACUACACGCAGCUACGAUGGUAGCAACUCAACCCUACCAGUACCUGACAAGCUCCAAGGCGGCCACGUUGAGGAUAUCGAGAUUCAACAAAUCGAGUCCAAGAGCGGUCUGCCUGAACUGUCCGCAACCAAGACAGCAGACCGUGAUCCCUUCCUCGGUAAAGGAUACCCCUCAAAGGCGCAAUGGAAGUUGUGGCAGUCCAACGAGCACCCAUGGAAGAGCAUGGCCAUCGACCUCUGGCUACCUUGGAAGUUGUUCGCUUUCCCCAUUGUCGAGUUCGCUGCUUUCGUCUGCAGUUGGUCGUGUUCAUCUUUCUUGACUCUCAACUUGACACAAGCUCAAGCCUUUGCUGCACCGCCUUACAACUUCUCUUCCGAGAGUAUCGGUUUCUUCAACUUUGCCAUCCUCAUCGGCGCAAUCAUUGGCCUGGCCACUUCUGGAAAGCUGAGUGAUUGGGUCGCCGCCAGAGCAACAAAGAGAAAUGGAGGCAUUCGUGAGCCCGAAAUGCGUCUCAUCGCCAUGAUCCCCUACGUGAUAGUAAUGUACAUCGGCAACAUCGUCGCCGCCAUCGGCAUGGAAAGAAAAUGGCCCUGGCAAGUCAUCGUCGUAAUCGCCUUCGGCGCCGCCGGCAUGCAAGUCGCUUCCAUCCCCUCCAUCGUAUCCACCUACGCCGUCGAUUCCUACAAGCCAGUCGCCGGCCCCCUCUUCGUCGCCAUCACCGUAAACAAGAACGUCUGGGGCUACGGUUUCUCCAAAUUCAUCACACCUUGGGUGGAGAAGUCGGGAUUCAUUCCUCCCAUCAUGACGAAUGGAUCUUUGGUGUUGUUGUGGUGUUUGUUUGGCGUCUUGUUUUACUACAAGGGCAAGACGUUUAGAAGAUGGUAUGUUGUGUUCCCUCACUCCUCUCUCCACUGUUCUGUAGUAGUGUUCUGUUCGCUAACCCCUUCGGAAUUUACAGGUCUCGUAACUCCUCCGUGCAUAAAAUGUAGAAAAUCUACAAAGAAAAAACAAGCAAGGAAGGGGAAGAGGAUGCGAUGA